UAUUAUCUCAGCCUGUCCUCUUAGCGUUACAAUAUUCACUCGGAAAACAGGUGCGCGGAGAGAGGCGUCUGUUGCAGUGACCGCAUAUCCAUUUAAACGCAAAAGGGGAAAAAUAAUGGAGACUCUUCAUAUCCACCGGUUUAGUGCGGCUCAGCCGGAGACUUAUCACAUUAAGGAGUCCACACAGGUACCAUGAGAAGGUUUACUGGACGGACUGGAUUUUGGACUACUCUGCGCUGAGAUGGACUGCAACUUAGGUGUCUUUUUACGAGAUGUUAUGCGCUCGCGCGGUAAAUUUGGCCCCGUUUUUUUAAACCAGUAAUUAGCAUUAGAUUUGGGUAUGUCGUCCACGUUCAACACGUUGCCCGGGAGCGAGUCAGGAACAGGUCAAUGGUUCACUCCAUCCAUAAUUUAGGAUGAUGCCCCGCGGUCAAACCUGCUUGGUUUCGUCCCUGUUACUUCACCCUGUCAUUGGACUUCAGAUGUUUCACUGGCAGCCUGAGCGCUCCUAAGUGCUCGCUAUCAACUUGCCUGGCUGUCAUCCUAGAGAGGUGAUGCGACGGUUUGUCUACUGCAAGGUGGUGUUGACCACCUCUUUAGUGUGGGUGCUGGUGGAUGUGUUCUUGCUGUUGUACUUCAGCGAGUGUAACAAAUGUGAUGAUAGGAAGGACCGCUCGCUGCUCCCUGCUCUUCGAGCAGUGAUAUCACGGAGCCACGAGGGUCCAGGUGAGAUGGGCAAAGCGGUAAACAUCCCUAAGGAUGACCAGGAGAAAAUGAAGGAGCUCUUUAAGAUUAACCAGUUCAAUCUGAUGGCCAGUGAUAUGAUUGCACUCAACAGGAGUCUGCCAGAUGUGAGGCUGGAUGGCUGUAAGACCAAAGUGUACUCAGAUGACCUGCCCAACACCAGCAUUGUCAUCGUGUUUCACAACGAGGCAUGGAGCACGCUGCUGCGAACUGUUCACAGCGUCAUCAACCGCUCUCCUAAACACUUGCUGGUGGAAAUUAUCCUAGUUGAUGAUGCCAGCGAGCGAGAUUUCCUAAAGAAGAAACUGGAGAACUAUGUGCGUACUCUGGAGGUGCCGGUGAGGAUCCUGAGGAUGGAGCAGCGUUCAGGUCUAAUCAGAGCCAGGUUGAGGGGGGCAGCCGCCACCACCGGUCAGGUCAUCACCUUUCUUGAUGCUCACUGCGAGUGUACUGUUGGCUGGCUAGAGCCCCUGCUGGCUCGCAUCAAAGAGGACAGGACUGCAGUGGUGUGCCCUAUCAUAGAUGUCAUCAGCGACGAGACAUUUGAAUACAUGGCAGGCUCUGAUAUGACUUACGGUGGAUUCAACUGGAAGCUGAAUUUUCGAUGGUAUCCUGUUCCCCAGCGGGAGAUGGAUCGACGCAAAGGGGAUAGAACACUCCCUGUCAGGACUCCCACCAUGGCAGGAGGAUUAUUCUCUAUAGACAAGACGUAUUUUGAAGAAAUUGGGAGUUACGAUCCAGGGAUGGAUAUCUGGGGAGGAGAAAACCUGGAAAUGUCUUUUAGAAUUUGGCAAUGCGGUGGCUCCUUGGAAAUUGUAACAUGUUCACAUGUGGGCCAUGUUUUCCGGAAGGCCACCCCAUACAGUUUCCCUGGAGGAACGGGCCAAGUCAUCAACAAGAACAACAGGCGCCUGGCCGAAGUCUGGAUGGAUGAUUUCAAAGACUUCUUUUAUAUCAUAUCACCAGGCGUGAUGCGGGUGGAGUACGGAGACGUCUCCUCUCGCAAAACCCUCCGUGAAGCCUUAAAGUGCAAACCGUUUUCCUGGUAUCUAGAGAACAUCUACCCAGACUCCCAGAUCCCAAGAAGAUACUACUCUCUUGGUGAAAUCAGAAAUGUUGAAACCAACCAGUGUAUGGACAACAUGGGGAGAAAGGAGAACGAGAAGGUUGGCUUUUUCAACUGCCAUGGCAUGGGUGGAAACCAGGUGUUCUCGUACACUGCGGAUAAAGAAAUCAGAACAGAUGACCUCUGCCUGGAUGUCUCCCGCCUCAACGGGCCUGUUGUCAUGCUCAAGUGUCACCACAUGAAGGGCAAUCAGAUGUUUGAGUACGAUGCUGAGCGACUUACUCUGCUGCAUGUGAAUAGCAACCAGUGCUUGGACAUGCCCUCUGAGGACGACAAGAUGGUCCCCACAUUGAGAGACUGCAAUGGCAGCCGUUCCCAGCAGUGGCUGCUCCGUAACAUGACCCUUAGCGUCUGACUCUUCACCUCAGUCCUCUGUCGUUCUCCACCCAACCAGUCCUGGCUUUCCUUACCCUCACCAGAUGGCUCUUACCACACAUCAUGCACCUCUUGCUUUUACAUCCUGGCCAAGAAAUGCAGAGAACUGGGCAGCAGCGGCUUUUCUUCCAUUUGAUCGUAUUACAGUUCAACACAGGUUUGAGGAUAAACUGCACUGGCACCUGCAUUUCUAAAAAUAUGAUGAGCUGUAGCUUUGGGAACUUUUACAGAUCUGAACUAGGAUAAUGACGUAUCGGGUCGUGCAUGGAAAACACUCACAUCAAAGGAGUCACACUGUGAUGGACACCUGCUAGCUGUGAAUCUGCUGCACUGACUGCUGAUUAGCUUCUGGAAAAACAUAAACAGGAGACCAUUUGUCAUUUUCUGAGACGUAUCUUUGCAAUGGUUGAGAUUCUAUAACCACCACUGUAUCCAGACAGGCAUUGAUGUAUCUACUAUAGGUACAGUUGUAAAAGAAAACAGCUGGUUUGCUGCUCAUUCUCUUUUCGUGUCGGUGUCUACUGUGUCUAUGCUUGAAGCAGAAUGGUGGUCAUUUUAACUGCAACUGUUGACUAACAUAUGGAGAUCAGCACUGAUAGGUGUUACCCUCUUAAGGUGAUUUACUGAAGGGAUAAAGUCGUAGCCCUGUAUAACCUACAAAUGCUUUUCCUUCUUCUAUCAAGCCCACUGUAGCAUUAGCUAUUUAGGACGUGUCUUUUUAUCACAUUUCAUGAGACCGUGUGGUAAUAAAUCUGCUCGAGAGAAAACGGAAGCCCAACCUUAACAAACUGAACAAUCAAAUUUCAGUUGAAGCCCUGACACCCAUAUCAGUUGUUACAGUUUAACUUAAGAGGAGUGCCAUUUUUAUGAAGAUCCCUUAAACUUGGUUAAAGAGUUGUACUAAUCUCUUUAAAGUUUCUAGUACUGUGCAGAAAGUCUUGAGCCACCCUUAACUUCUUGAUAUUUGCAGUGCUUUAUUGAAGUAUGCAAACAUACAUGGAGAUGCAGUAUAAGACAAAACAGUUUGUAUAAUUCUAGGGAGCUUUAAAAAAAAUCAGUUUUUAGUAUUCUUCAACACAGCCUGAACUCUCUUAGGCAGCUUUCUUGUAACU